GCGCGGCAGAUGCGCGCCUGCGCGCUACGGGGCUGCCGGCGCGUCAGUGCUCUGGGCUAAGGUGGCUGGGGCCGAGUUGCGGGGCGGGACGCGCGGCGCUAUGGCCGAAGGCAGCGGGGAAGUAGUAGCAGUGCCCGCCACCGGGGCUGCCAACGGCCUCAACAAUGGGGCCGGCGGGCCCUCGGCGCAGACUAACAACCCGCUAUCGCGGAAGCUGCGUAAGAUCCUGGACACACGGCUGGACAACGACAAGGAGAUGUUGGAAGCUCUCAAGGCACUCUCAACCUUUUUUGUUGAAAAUAGUUUGCGCACUCGAAGAAAUUUACGUGGAGAUAUUGAACGCAGAAGUUUAGCCAUCAAUGAAGAGUUUGUAAGCAUUUUCAAGGAAGUGAAGGAAGAACUUGAAAGCAUACAUGAAGAUGUUCAGGCAAUGAACAGCUGUUGUCAAGAUAUGACAUGUCGCCUACAGGCAGCAAAGGAACAGACUCAAGAUUUAAUAAUAAAAACCACGAAGCUUCAAGCUGAAAGUCAAACAUUAGAAAUCAGAGCGCAAGUUGCAGAUGCCUUCUUAUCCAAGUUCCAGCUGACUUCUGACGAAAUGAGUCUUCUCCGAGGUAUGAGAGAAGGACCUAUCACUGAGGAUUUUUUCAAGGCAUUGGGAAGAGUAAAACAGAUUCAUAAUGAUGUCAAAGUUCUCUUGCGUACAAACCAACAAACAGCAGGUUUAGAAAUUAUGGAACAGAUGGCCUUGCUUCAAGAAACAUCUUAUGAAAGACUUUACCGGUGGGCUCAAAGUGAAUGCAGAGCAUUGACACAAGAAUCAUGUGACAUAUCUCCAGUACUGACUCAGGCAAUGGAAGCCCUGCAGGACAGACCUGUCUUAUAUAAGUAUACCUUAGAUGAGUUUGGAACAGCCAGAAGAAGUACCAUUGUUCGUGGAUUUAUCGAUGCUCUUACGAGAGGGGGCCCAGGAGGUACACCUAGACCCAUUGAAAUGCACUCCCAUGACCCUUUGAGAUAUGUGGGAGAUAUGUUGGCUUGGCUCCAUCAGGCUACUGCUUCUGAAAAAGAACACCUUGAAGCUCUCUUAAAGCAUGUAACUACACAAGGUGUUGAAGAAAAUAUUCAAGAAGUUGUUGGACAUAUUACUGAGGGUGUGUGCAGGCCCCUAAAGGUUCGAAUUGAACAAGUAAUAGUUGCUGAACCUGGGGCAGUUUUAUUAUAUAAAAUUUCUAACCUCCUCAAAUUUUAUCACCAUACAGUCAGUGGCAUUGUUGGAAAUAGUGCAACUACAUUGUUGACUACCAUUGAAGAAAUGCAUUUGCUGAGCAAAAAAAUAUUCUUCAGUAGCUUGAGUCUUCAUGCCAGCAAAUUAAUGGACAAGGUUGAACUCCCACCACCUGAUCUUGGACCAAGUUCUGCAUUAAAUCAGACACUCAUGUUGUUGCGUGAAGUUUUGGCAUCUCAUGAUUCUUCAGUUGUACCAUUAGAUUCCCGUCAAGCCGAUUUUGUGCAGGUUUUAUCAUGUGUCUUGGAUCCUCUCCUCCAGAUGUGUACUGUAUCAGCCAGCAAUUUAGGCACAGCUGACAUGGCCACCUUCAUGGUCAAUUCACUAUAUAUGAUGAAGACAACGUUAGCUCUGUUUGAAUUCACCGACAGACGUCUGGAAAUGCUACAGUUCCAGAUUGAAGCACAUUUGGACACACUUAUAAAUGAGCAAGCUUCUUAUGUUUUAACUAGAGCAGGCGUGAGUUAUAUCUAUAACACCAUACAGCAGCAUAAACCCGAACAGGGCCCUUUAGCUAAUUUUCCCAACCUAGAUUCUGUGGCACUGAAGGCUGCAAUGGUUCAGUUUGAUCGCUAUCUGUCAGCCCCAGACAACCUGUUAAUGCCACAGCUGAACUUUCUUCUAAGUGCCACAGUGAAAGAGCAGAUCAUAAAACAGUCUACAGAAUUAGUCUGCAGAGCCUAUGGUGAAGUGUAUGCAGCUGUGAUGAAUCCAGUCAAUGAAUACAAAGAUCCAGAGAGCAUUCUACACCGAUCGCCGCAGCAAGUGCAGACACUUCUCUCCUGAUUAUCUUAGAAUGUGUUAGCAAAAUAUUGCAUUCCUAAAACACUGAAGGUUUUCUUGGUUUUUAGUCUGUUAAUCUUUACUUUGAAAUUUGAUGGUUACAGUUUUCUUUGUCUCAUAAGAAUGUAGCUCCCAAUAAUUGCUUUGCUUUGGUCACAGUAAAGUGAAAGUAAGUACCACAUGUUGCCCUGAGUUGGCAUUGCUCUGUAUCUGCGCUCCACAUCUCUCCAGCUCUGCAGUUCCCCUCAAUUCUGGAAUAUAAAUAUGUGGGAGAAUAGUAGUAUGAGAGGUUUGAGGGAUUUUUUUUUUACAAGAUUAGUUCUAAAUUAACUGUACAUUAAAAAAUUAUCUAAACUUAGGAAUUAGUUUGAAGAUAUGACCUAAUAAAUAUCUCUUUACUUAAAGAUUCAUUUGCUUUCUUGCUAGAUAUUGUGAGUAGGUAUACUUA